AUGAGUGAAGUAUUGGACAUUCCGGAUGGGGAGUACGAUUUAGACAUUUCGUCUUUGCUUUGCGACGAUUCUGUCAACUUGGGAGUUAGAUACAAUUUCAAACCCGAUUCAAUUGAUAUGGACUAUCCCUUGGAGUUGGUCCAGGAGUCGUCCAAUUAUAUUCUGAAGGCCGAGUCAGAUCCCAAUGUUCGCAAGGAGCCUCUAGUUUUUGAAGGAACCCUUGGAAAGACUAAUCAACAUGAUUAUUUAUUGAUUUACGAUGAUAUCACAAAGCGCUUCCAGAUGGAUCGUUUCAACGGGGUUCUACGGAUGAAUAAGUCCAGAGCGCCUGACAAAUUGCUCACGAAGUUUGAAAAGCUGAAACUGGGAAAGGAUUCUCCGGCUAGUGGCUCUAGGCCUUAUGUUGCGACUGCCAAUCAUACCGCUUUAAGAAAAGUAACCCCCUUCAAGCUUGAAACAAAGUUGAAACCAACAAAACCAUUGGAAAAUAGGGUCCAUAUACAUAUGAAGGAAAGCAAACCCAAAAACAGCUCUUCUUUAACCGAAAGUGUGGAUAAGAAGAAGCAAGAGGUUUCUAUACCGAAGGUGCACCUUACUCCGCACACGCCUUCGUCCAUCUUAGUGUCCAAAGCUGAGCAUCCCAAAGUUGCUUCAAAAAGACCACCAAAUACACCACUAGAAUUUCAAGACGAUAGUAACGAUAAUAAUGAUAAUGGCGACGAUGACGACGACCUGACCUCGUUUGUUGGAGAACUGGAAGCAGAAAUGGGAAUAGAAACUCCUCCCCCAACUCAAGAGAGGGCCGGGCUUGUCGGCAUUGGGAUAUCAAAAUCUGACAAGUCUACUGAUCAACAAAGUGCUACACAAAUGGAACUAAGCAAAGACUCCUUCCAUGAGGAUAAUUGGCAGCCGAACUACUCAGAUUGGGAAUCUGAUCUCGAAGAGGUACCUGCGUCCAAUUCCAUCAACUUUUUUGUUGACGAUGAUCCUAAAUCCAAGGAAUUUCAGAACCAGGCCACCUACGUGAACCCAGAGUUUCAUAAUACCCCUGCUAGCUCUGUAGCAAGGCCGAUCAGCAUGAAAGAACUCGCCACUACAACGUUUAGUCAAAGUUCCAAAUCGUCAUAA